AUGCCCAGUGCUAAGUGUGACAAGAUGCCCAGUGCUAAGUAUGACAAGAUGCCCAGUGCUAAGUAUGACAAGAUGCCCAGUGCUAAGUAUGACAAGAUGCCCAGUGCUAAGUGUGACAAGACGCCCAGUGCUAAGUGUGACAAGACGCCCAGUGCUAAGUCUGACAAGAUGUCCAGUGGUAGAGCACAUAAUGGCAAGCUCCAAUGGCUCAAUUGUCUGAGAUACUUAUCAGGCCAGUUAGGAUGGUGGGGGAGAGGGGUUAGAAGUGGGACAAGGGAGAAGUGGGACAAGGGAGACGUGGGACAAGGGAGAAGUGGGACAAGGGAGAAGUGGGACAAGGGAGAAGUGGGACAAGGGAGAAGUGGGACAAGGGAGAAGUGGAACAAGGGAGAAGUGGGACAAGGGAGAAGUGGGGCAAGGGAGAAGUGGGAUAAGGGAAAAGGAGAAGUGGGGCAAGGGAGAAGUGGGACAAGGGAGAAGUGGGACAAGGGAGAAGUGGGACAAGGGAAAAGUGGGGCAAGGGAGAAGUGCGACAAGGGAGAAGUGGGACAAGGGAGAAGUGGGACAAGGGAGAAGUGGGAUAAGGGAGCAGUGGGGCAAGGGAGAAGUGGGACAAGGGAGAAGUGGGACAAGGGAGAAGUGGGACAAGCGAGAAGUGGGACAAGGGAGAAGUGGGACAAGGGAGAAGUGAGACAAGGGAGAAGUGAGCCAUGGGAGAAGUGGGACAAGGGAGAAGUGGGACAAGGGAGAAGUGGGACAAGGGAGAAGUGGGACAAGGGAGAAGUGGGACAAGGGAGAAGUGGGACAAGGGAGAAGUGA